GCCAACAUCACACACACUGACAGUCAGCCAACAUCAAACACACACAGAGCCAACAUCACACACACACACUGACAGUCAGCCAACAUCACACACACUGACAGCCUUGCGGCGGCGGCGGCAGAAUAGUCGGGAGAAUGAAACAAAAGGAGCCAUCCGGCGAUGGUGUUGAAGGAGCCGCCGCUACCACUGCUGCUGCUACCACUGCUGCUGCUGGUGGUGGUGAUUAUGGUGGUGGUGAUUAUGGUGAUGGUGGUGGGGACGGUGCCGCCGGGAACUCGGAUCGCUGUGACCCCUCGCCGAGCCGGGACGUGUCGGGGCUCGGCGAGACGCGGCUCUUCCGGCGUCGCUGGGUCAUCGUCUUCGUGUUCAGCGCCUACUCGCUCACGAGCGCCUUCCAAUGGAUACAAUACGGCAUCAUCAACAACAUCUUCGCCGGCUACUACGACGUGAGCACCACGGACGUGGACUGGCUGUCCAUGGUCUACAUGCUCUGCUACAUCCCGCUCAUCUUCCCGUCCGCGUGGCUCCUGGACACCCGCGGCCUGCGCCUCGUGGCGCUGCUCGGCUCGUUCCUCAACUGCGUGGGCGCGUGGGUGAAGACGGCCAGCGUGAGGCCGCAUCUGUUCGGCGUCACCGUGUUCGGCCAGCUCACGUGCGCCAUUGCCCAGGUCUUCAUCCUGGGCCUCCCGUCUCGCAUCGCCUCCGUCUGGUUCGGCUCCGGGGAGGUCUCCACCGCAUGCUCCAUUGGAGUCUUCGGCAACCAGCUUGGCGUUGCAGUGGGGUUCCUUCUGCCGCCCAUGCUGGUGCCCGCCUCGGACGACAAGGAGGCGCUGAGCUACCACAUCCGCGUCAUGUUCUUCGGCACGGCGGCCAUCGCCACCGCGCUCUUCGUCAUCGUGCUGCUCGUGUUCAGGGAGGAGCCACCCGUGGCACCAAGCCAAGCGCAGGCCAUGCGCAGGCAGAAGAGACGGAGCGAUUACUCGUACUGGCAGUCGAUCCAACGGCUGCUUACCAACAAAGCCUUUGUGCUUCUCAUCAUCACGUAUGGCAUUAACACUGGCUCCUUCUACUCCGUGUCCACACUGCUCAACCCGAUGUUCAUCCACCAUUAUCAGGGACAAGAGGUGAAUGCCGGUCGCGUGGGGCUGACCAUCGUUGUGGCCGGGGUGUUGGGCUCUCUGCUGUGCGGCGUUUGGCUUGAUCGAACCAAGAAGUUCAAGCAGACGACGUUUGCGGUUUACUGCCUGUCCUUCACCGGGAUGAUCAUCUUCACAUUCACGCUGAACCUCGGACACCUCUGGGUGGUUUUCGUGACCGCUGGAUUGCUCGGGUUUUUCAUGACGGGCUACAUCCCACUGGGCUUUGAGUUUGCGGCUGAGCUGACCUACCCGGAGUCAGAGGGGACAUCGUCUGGGCUUCUCAAUGCAGCUGCUCAGCUGUUUGGCUUGAUCUUCACAGUGGUGCAGGGACAACUCACGAAGCACUUCUCGCCGCUCAUUGGCAACAUUUUCAUUUGCUGCAGCCUCCUACUGGGCACUAUGCUCACAGGCCUCAUCAAGGCGGACCUGCGCAGGCUGAAGGCGAACCUUGAGAGAGGGACGGCCCAGCUGUGCAGCCUUGACGAUGGGCCCGAGCGGCCGUUGGAUGGGCCGGUGCCCGGCUAUGUGCCCGUGGACCAGGACUCCCCGUGACCGCGCGUCGCCCCAUGCGCACGAGCGCGGCGCACAUCCCAGCGGUAUUCAGCGGCUGCUGUCAGCAAACCUGAACCCAACCUGAAUAGAUACUCAAACGAAACUUUUUCUAUUGUACCAGGUAAGGCGCACUUGAGCGCGCUUUGCAGCUCUUCUUCAGAAGCGACCUGGCCACGUACGAUAGCCCAAAGAGGUGGCUUGUCGCGUGGAAAUUUAUAGCAGCCAAAUACUCUCAACCCAACGUGAAACCAACAAAGACUCAGCCACGAGAUGCAAUGAGCGUGCUGCUGCUGCUGCUGCUGCUGCGUACGCUCGUGGCAACGUCCGCAGAACAAACAGCCGUGACACGUGGUGUAUCGCUCGCCAUCACAGUGUGACUGUUGCACUUAAGCGUCGUAUUGCCAGGCCUGUGCCAUUGCGAAGUCGCCACGUCCACGUGCGUGAGCGCAGACGUCUUGUCUGUUCCGUGUGCGUGAGUGUGCCCGUCCCACUGCAUUGUCGAUUGCAAAUGCACAACCGUAGCUUUGCAUGCACUUGGGAUUGUGUUCUGAACAAAUGCCCACUUUUUUUGUUUAGAACAAAAGACGGAGUGGAGCUCAUUUUAACACAAGAUUCCGUCUCUUUUCAGGACUCUAGUUCAUUCCGCAAGUAAAGGUGAACAUAAUAUGUCCCACAUAAAUAAUAUGUCCCACUGGUCAUCUGUGAAACCUAUCGGACACCUGUGAAAAAGAGCUUCAUAGCUCAUAGGAUUCCUCCGGCCUUAGUAAAGAUUCUGACAAGGGAAGGUAAAGCGGGAAUGUAGUUGAAGUUGAAGAGUCGUGACUUAAGCGAGGAUUUUACUUUUUGAUGUUUUUUAUUGCAUUUCAAUAAGAGCCCCGUACAGAGCACAGAGCGCCACGCAGGGAGGGGGGCUACAGAAACUCCACGUGGCUCAGUCCCGAACUCUGCGGCUCCUGGGAUGAGAGAUGGGGGUAGGGGAUUGGGCUCACCGCACCACCCAAGUGGGGACCGCGAGCGUGCUACCUCUACUCUGACGUGGAGGUGAACGGGGAUUUCUCUUGGUCGAGCAGUGGUGGUGCUGCUGCUGGUCGGUUGGGGGCCCGAUGCAGAACACUGAUCGUUUUUUUAUCAACUCCGAGUGGAAGUGGCAGAAGAGAUGUGGACAGUGGAUAUGGAGAUGUCGUGAGAUUAUAGAAGGGGAAGAUGCGCACGGAACAGAGUUGUAGACAACAAAGAACGCACAAGAUGAUAGAGAC